GAGACUAAUUUAUUGAAGGAAUUAUAAAAAUGUCGAAACACGGAUUUAAAUGGUCGAUGUAUUUUAUUGCAACGUUUUCAAUUUGGAAUAUUACCGAUGGGCAGAUUGUGUAUUCGGUAUCGGAGGAGGCUGAUCCGGGAACCACAGUGGGAAAUAUAGCGAAGGAUUUGAACCUAAAUCUUCAAGAAUUAGAGCAUCGUAGGUUUCAGAUCGUUUCAGGCCCAAACAAAAGGUAUUUUAGUGUUAAUUUAAAAAGUGGUGUUCUUCUCGUCAAAGAGAGAAUAGACAGGGAACAGUUAUGCGGAAGGAGCAGCAAAUGCUCUCUGGAAAUAGAAGCUAUUGUUAACUCCCCCUUAAACAUGUAUCGACUUGAGGUGAAUGUUGUAGACAUAAACGAUAAUAUUCCUACUUUUAAGUCACCAAAGACAGAGUUAAAUAUCGCAGAAUCAGCCUUCCCGGGUGAGAGAUUUACAUUACCAAGUGCGUUUGACGCGGAUGUGGGCAGUAAUUCGGUGAAGAGCUACAAGCUCAGUCCGAAUGAACACUUUUUUCUGGAUGUUCAAAGCGGAGGAGAGCAGAGUGUGUCGGCUGAAUUAGUGCUGCAGAAAGCUUUAGACCGAGAGAAACAGCCUGUUAUUCAGCUCAUAUUGAUCGCUGUAGACGGAGGAAAACCUCCAAAAUCUGGAACAACACAAAUUAUUAUUAAUGUGGAGGAUGCAAACGAUAAUAUCCCUGUAUUUAGUAAAUCUCUUUACAAAACAAGAAUUAUGGAAAAUGCGCACCCUGGCACCUCUGUUGUCACUGUCCAUGCUAGUGACGCUGACGAGGGUUUGAAUGGAGAAAUAGUUUAUUCAUUUAUACGCAGUGAUGACGAUGACAAUAUUGCCAACGCUUUUACUAUUGAUUCUGUCAGUGGCAUAAUUUCUAUUAAAGGGAAUAUUGAUUACGAAGCAAGGAAUGCCGUAGAAAUUCGUGUCCAAGCAAAAGAUAAAGGCCCGAAACCCAGGGCUGCUCAUUGUAAAGUAUUAGUUGAAAUUGUUGAUGUUAAUGAUAAUGUACCUGACAUUUCCGUAACAUCUCUUGCUGAAACAGUGAGAGAGGACGCUGCUGCUGGUACAAUGGUGGGAUUGAUCACCGUGAAAGACGAAGACGCGGGAGAAAACGGUGCCGUUGUUAUUAAGAUACAGUAUUCUGCACCCUUUUGUAUACAGAAUACUUAUAAGAAUAAAUAUUCUCUGGUUGUAGACGGCCCGCUGGACAGAGAGCGCGCGUCUGAGUAUAACGUGACUAUCACAGCUACUGAUGAAGGGACUCCGCCUCUCUCUAGCACCAGUGUCAUUACUGUACACGUUUCUGAUGUGAAUGACAACGCGCCGCGCUUUCCAGAGCCCGUCAUUAAUGUUUAUGUGAAAGAGAACAGUCAGAUUGGAGCUGUUAUUCAUACAGUAUCUGCUUUUGAUCCUGACGUAGGUGAUAAUGCUCGGAUAACAUAUUCUUUACUAGAAAGCUCGAAAAGCGGCCCAGUAACAUCCAUGAUCAACAUAAACUCUGACAGUGGGGAUAUAAACAGUUUACAGUCGUUUAAUUAUGAAGAUACAAAAACGUUUGAGUUUAAAGUUCAGGCCACAGACUCCGGUGUUCCUCCGCUCAGCAGUAACGUGACUGUCAAUGUUUUUUUCCUGAGCCUCAUCAGUUUGAUAGCUGUAAAAUGCCACAGGACAGACAGCAGUUUGGGCAGGUACAGCGCCCCGAUGAUCACCACUCACCCUGACGGGAGCUGGUCUUACUCCAAAUCUACUCAGCAGUAUGACGUGUGUUUUAGCUCCGACACACUGAAGAGUGAUGUAGUGAUUUUCCCUGCGCCAUUUCCGCCUGCAGAUGCAGAACUGAUCAGUAUUAAUGGCGGAGACACUUUUACCAGAACACAAACACUCCCUAAUAAAGAAAAGGUAAGAUAA